GCGUGUGCUUAGUUGGCGCUGCCGCGGCGAUUGCGGCGCAGAUCCGCGUGUCCACGGGAGAUGCCUGACGUGCUCUUCUGAGGAUCGGCCAGCGACGCGAUGGAGCGGGCCAGGGACCGCUUACACCUGAGACGGACAACGGAGCAGCACGUACCAGAGGUGGAAGUCCAAGUCAAGCGCAGAAGGACAGCCUCUCUGAGCAGCCAAGAGUGUCAGCUGUACCCAAGGCGAUCUCAGCUGCAGCAAGUACCUGUGGUGGAUUUCCAGGCGGAACUGAGACAGGCAUUCUUAGCUGAGACGCCCAGAGGUGGUUAAAGCAGUAUUGGAACAUCAAGGCUCCAUCAACUGUCUGAAGCUUCUGCCCCAGCUUGCAUUGUUCUUCGUCAUACCUUUAUCUGUAGCCUUCCCUUAGGUUUUAA